UCCAUUCACUCUAUAAAAGGUCAGUUUCUCUUUAAAUGCAAAUUACCUACUGCGAGCUCAGCUUCCACCCAUUCCUUUUCCCUAGUUGGAGAGUGCUGAGGGCGGAGGGAACCGGCACGGAAGCAUCACUCCAAACCCUAAAUCUUCAGGGCCUGAGGUCUAGCCAGCAUCCAAUGGAGGAUAAGAAGAAGAAAAGGAGUCCCAAACCCUGUUUGACCCAGCCAGCCCAGCCCCCAGGCACACUACGCAGGGUCCCAGUGCCCACCAGCCACAGUGGCUCCUUGGCCCUGGGACUCCCUCAUCUGCCAUCCCCCAAACAGCGGACCAAGUUCAAGAGGGUAGGCAAGGAGAAGUGCCGCCCCGUGCUGGCAGGAGGUGCAGGCGGCUCUGCAGGCGCACCCCUGCAGCACUCUUUCCUGACCGAGGUGACGGACGUCUAUGAAAUGGAAGGGGGGCUGCUGAACCUGCUCAACGACUUCCACUCAGGCCGGCUGCAGGCCUUCGGGAAGGAAUGCUCCUUUGAGCAGUUGGAGCACGUGCGGGAGAUGCAGGAGAAGCUGGCCCGGCUGCACUUCAGCCUAGAUGUAUGUGGAGAGGAGGAAGAUGAGGAGGAAGAGGAGGACGGGGUGACAGACGGGCUGCCUGAGGAGCAGAAGAAGACAAUGGCUGACCGCAACCUGGACCAGCUGCUUAGCAAUCUGGAAGAUCUUAGUAAUUCUAUACAGAAGCUGCACCUGGCCGAGAACGCCGAGCCGGAGGAGCCGUCAGCUGUGUAGGUGUAAGACCCAGGCCUUGACUGUCCCUUCUCAUUUCCUUCAAACUGUGACUUUCUUACGGACUUGAGUGGGUGUUUCGCGGCCCCCCCAGGUGCUAUGGGAGAGGGGGGCACUGAAUGGAAUUAAACCAGAAGGAAAGAAA